CGAGGCGGCGGCGGCGGCUUCCAGCGGGUUCGGCGGGCGGUCACCGCUGUGUGUUUGAAGAGCUGUGACACCAAACAGAGACAAGUUCCCAGCCCAGCAGUGACCAUCUCACCCACCUCAGGGAGGACAGCUCAGCCUCACCAGACUCCUCAGGAUGCCCGGGCAGCCCAAAUAUCCCCCAGACCCUCCCUGUGCUGCUGUCAGCUUGGGCUCCCCGUUGGGACAAGUCCUCAAGGGUCACUUUGUGCCCCUCUGAACAUCCCAUGGCUCGUUGAUGCUCUGACCCCUCCAAAAGGUACUAGAGAAGUGACACAAGGGACCCUGGCAGUGACAAGCAGCCGUGUGGGAGGCCUGAAGACUGUGGGGGCCUUUUCAGUGCCAAGGACAUCUCUCCAUCCACAUUAGAGGGAUGCCAGCUUCUGUUUAGCACCUAUGAAGAAAGGAUGGGGGAUCCCUCCACCUUCACCACCCCAUUGCUCCCUCCCACGCCGGCUCCCCUGACCUGCAGGAGCCCAUAGUGAUGUGAUCAGGGCCCUGCAGCUCAACAGCACCCACUGCCCACCCCAGCGGCCACUUCCAGGACCUCUGCCCACCCAUCACGCCCGCCAUGAUGUGUGAGGUGAUGCCCACCAUCAGCGAGGGGGACCCCCUGGGUCCCCCACAGGGCUCCGAGGCGGACGCUGACUUCGAGCAGCUGAUGGUGAACAUGCUGGAUGAGAGGGACAAGCUGCUGGACACCCUACGGGAGACUCGAGAGACACUGUCUGUCACCCAGAGCCGCCUGCAGGAGACCCUACGGGAGCGUGACCAGCUCCAGAGGCAGCUCAACUCAGCCCUUCCCCAGGAGUUUGCGACGCUGACGCGGGAGCUCAGCGCGUGCCGGGAGCAGCUGCUGGAGAGGGAAGAGGAGAUCUCAGAGCUGAAAGCUGAGCGCAACAACACCCGGCUCCUGCUGGAGCACCUGGAAUGCCUGGUGUCAAGGCACGAGCGGUCCCUCAGGAUGACCGUGGUCAAGCGUCAGGCCCAGUCACCAUCUGGGGUUUCCAGUGAGGUCGAGGUGCUCAAGGCUCUCAAGUCACUCUUUGAGCAUCACAAGGCACUAGAUGAAAAGGUCAGGGAACGCUUGCGAGCAGCUUUGGAACGAGUGGCAACCUUGGAGGAGCAGCUGGUGGAUGCUCAUCGGCAGGUGGCAGCUCUGCAGCAGGGGGCCCGGGAGGCCCCAGCGGGUGAGCGGGAUGAGCGGGAGCCCAAGGAGCCGACGCAGAAGCUUCCCUGGAAGAGACUCUCCAACGGCUCCGUCCACCCAGAUGAUGAGGCAGGGAGGGUGGUAGAGCUGCAGGAGCUCCUGGAGAAGCAGAACUUCGAAGUGGUCCAGGCCAAGGAGCGCAUCUCUGCGUUGGCUGCCAGCGUCGCCGAGCUGGAGGAGGAUCUGGGCACCGCCAGGAAAGAUCUGAUCAAGUCGGAGGAGAUGAGCAGCAAGUACCAGAGGGACCUUCGAGAGGCCCUGGCUCAGAAAGAGGACAUGGAGGAGAGGAUCACCACGCUGGAGAAGCGCUACCUGGCAGCCCAGCGAGAAGCCACCUCCAUCCAUGACCUCAACGACAAGCUGGAAAACGAGUUGGCCAACAAGGAGUCCCUGCACCGCCAGUGCGAGGAGAAAGCCCGGCACCUGCAGGAGCUGCUGGAGCUGGCGGAGCAGAAGCUGCAGCAGACGAUGCGGAAGGCGGAGACGCUGCCCGAGGUGGAGGCGGAGCUGGCGCAGCGCAUCGCGGCGCUCACCAAGGCAGAAGAGAGGCACGGGAGCAUCGAGGAGCACCUCCGGCAGCUGGAGACUCAGCUGGAGGAGAAGAACCAGGAGCUGGCCAGGGCUCGGCAGCGGGAGAAGAUGAACGAGGAGCACAACAAGAGGCUCUCGGACACUGUGGACCGGCUGCUGAGCGAGUCCAACGAGCGGCUGCAGCUGCACCUCAAGGAGAGGAUGGCAGCCCUCGAGGAGAAGAACACAUUGUUACAAGAGCUGGAAAAUACCCAAAAGCAGAUAGAGGAGCACCAGCACGACAAGCGGCGGUUGUCUGACGAGAUCGACAAACUGAGGCUGGAGGUCGACCAGCUCAAAACCAGGAGUGGGACGUUUGUGGAGACUGUGCACACAAGGUCCCACAUGGGUAGUGCCACCGACCUGCGCUUCCCUCUGAGCGCUGUGGUCCACGCUCCUGCCGAGCCCUUUGGGGCAGCCCCGGGGCUGCCUCGGGCACAGAAGGGAAGAUUUGCUGCCCGGAGAGAGGAGCCAGCCAAGGACUGGGAGCAGGCCCAGGCAGGCAGUGUCCUGGCCACGGGGCCUCACGCCUUCGACAGCGACCCCGACAUCUCAGACGUGGACGAGGAUGACCAUGAGACUCUCUUCAGCUCCAUGGAUGUGCUCUCUCCUGGUGGACACUCAGAUGCCCAGACGUUGGCCAUGAUGCUCCAGGAGCAGCUGGAUGCCAUUAACGAGGAGAUCAGGAUGAUCCAAGAGGAGAAGGAGUCAACGGAGCUGCGGGCGGAGGAGCUGGAGACCCGCGUGACGAGCGGCAGCAUGGAGGGCCUCAACCUUACCCAGCUCUGCAAGAGGGCUUCCAUCCCCACCUCGCUGACAGCCCUGUCCCUGGCCAGCUCGUCCCCGCCGCUCAGCGGCCGCUCCACCCCCAAGCUGUCCUCCCGCAGUGCUGCCCAGGACCUCGACCGCAUGGGGAUCAUGACGUUGCCCAGCGACUUGAGGAAGCACCGGAGGAAACUGCUAUCGCCUGCAGCUCGGGAUGAAAGCCGAGAGGAUAAAACCACCAUCAAAUGUGAGACUUCCCCCCCAUCCUCACCCAGGACGUUGCGUCUGGAGAAGCUGGGCCACCCUGCACUAAGCCAGGAGGAUGGGAAAAGCUCGCUGGAGGAGCAGGCCAGCAACCCCAGCAGCACCAGCAGCCAGGACUCCCUGCACAAGGGCUCCAAGAGGAAGGGGAUCAAAUCCUCCAUCGGGCGCUUGUUCGGGAAAAAAGAGAAGGGUCGCUUGAUCCAGCUGAGCAGAGAAGGGGCCACGGGGCAGGUGGUGCUGACUGAUGUGGAGGUGGGCCUGCAGGACCCUCUGGGACUUGGCAAGCUGGGUGCUCAGGCUGAGAAGGAUCGACGCCUACGGAAGAAGCACGAACUCUUGGAAGAGGCUAGAAGGAAAGGAUUGCCCUUUGCUCACUGGGAUGGCCCCACUGUUGUCUCCUGGCUGGAGCUCUGGGUGGGGAUGCCAGCCUGGUACGUGGCCGCUUGCCGGGCCAACGUGAAGAGCGGAGCCAUCAUGUCGGCCUUGUCGGACACGGAGAUCCAGAGGGAGAUCGGCAUCAGCAACGCCCUGCAUCGCCUGAAGCUGCGUCUGGCCAUCCAGGAGAUGGUCUCCCUCACGAGCCCCUCAGCACCGCCCACCUCACGGACAUCCUCUGGAAAUGUCUGGGUCACCCAUGAGGAGAUGGAGAACAUGGCAACUUCCACCAGGACGGACACAGAGGAAGGCAGCUGGGCACAGACACUGGCCUAUGGGGACAUGAACCAUGAGUGGAUUGGGAACGAGUGGUUGCCCAGCCUGGGUCUCCCUCAGUAUCGCAGCUACUUCAUGGAGUGUCUUGUUGACGCACGGAUGCUGGACCACCUCACCAAGAAAGAUCUCAGAGUGCACUUGAAGAUGGUGGACAGCUUCCACCGCACCAGCCUGCAGUAUGGCAUCAUGUGCCUGAAGAGGCUCAACUACGACCGCAAAGAGCUCGAGAGGAGGCGAGAAGAGACCCAACAUGAAAUCAAAGACGUCCUAGUGUGGACCAACGACCAGGUCAUUCACUGGAUCCAGUCCAUCGGGCUCCGCGAGUACGCGAACAACCUGGUGGAGAGCGGGGUGCACGGGGCCCUGCUGGCCCUCGAUGAGAACUUCGACCACAACAGCCUGGCCCUGGUCCUGCAAAUCCCCACACAGAACACACAGGCUCGACAAGUGCUGGAGAGGGAGUUCAACAACCUGCUGGCCCUGGGCACAGAUCGGAGGUUGGACGAUGGUGAUGACAAGACCUUCCGUCGCACCCCGUCCUGGCGGAAGCGCUUCCGCCCCCGCGACGUUCACAGCAUCAACCUGCUCAGCGGCUCAGCCGAGACCCUGCCCGCCGGCUUCCGUGUCACCAGCCUGGUGCCCCUGCCCCCUCCAUCUGCCCCUGCCAAGAAAAUGCCCCCGGAAGUUGGUGCCUCUGGGUCACCAAGGCUGGAAACCUCCACGGUCCGGACAUACUCCUGCUGAGGGUCAGCCUGACAGGAACCAGCCCCUCCCUGGGUAAGUGCGAGGAGGACCAAGGCCUUAGAGCUGGAUGGUGGCUGAGAGGAGAGCACGAGGAGAGCACAGAAUCCUCUGCUCAGCAUCACCCAGGCAGGGUAUCUGCCUUCACCAAGGUUUGCCUUGCCGUGGAGGACCAUGGGGACCUCGGUGGUGGGUGAACAGCCCGCUGCUGCCUGAGGCUCACAGGACUUUGCCAUGAUGCAGAAGGGAUGCUCAGCAUCCCAACCAUGUAUGGUUUGUCCAGUCCCUGGGCAGACAGCUCCACUGGGGAUCCCAUCCUAGAUCCCGCUGGGAUGAGGGAAUGAUAGCCAAGCACUUCAGAGAGGCUCCUGCAGUCCUGCUGUACCCUGGGGCAUGGUUCUCCUGUGCCAGGAGGAUUCACUAUGACUCCAUCUGGGUUUGUUGGCCUGUAGGUGCAGGGGUGGAGGUGACCUGCUGGCCUCACGGGGCCUUUCCCACUUCGUUCCUCAGCACAUCACCACUCUCCAUGUGGCCACGUGCUGGCUGCCUUGCAGGACCAGAGCCCGGCCCACGCCUGUUCCUCAGCCCAAACCAACAGACACUGCAGCCUCGCUGCUGGGGACCGAAAAGGAUGUUCUCCCUUCUGCUUGUGCACCCCACUGCUUCCCCCAGCUCCCUGUGGCUUGUCCCCCCACCUCUCCCCAUGCUGGCUGGGCUGUGAACACGCUGGCUGGGUGACCCCUCCACCGCUGGCCCAAGUGUGGUACAAUCUGGCGGGGUGGCAGAGACACCCCAAAAAUGGGCCACGAUGUUUGGAACCCUUCCUCCUGCCUGGUUCACGUUGCCAACAGGCCAUGGGGCUGCUGCACUGACCCGCCCGAGCCCCGGCUGCCAGGGAUGGUGCUGCCCACGGGACUUGAAGCCAAGGAAGAUUCAGGCUCGUGAGAAUCCUCACACCAGGGUGGCCGGGCAAGGAGCUGCCCCCCCGGGGCCAGUGCCAGAGUUGGGCACUGCAGGGGCUGGAGCAGGGACCGGCCGUUUUGGGGGGGCAAGGGGGGUGACUGUGUGCCAAGGGGUGGGCGGUCAGGGUGCUGCAUUUUGGGGUGCUGCCAGACACCACGGAGCAGGGAGGCUGUGCCUGCAAGGCACGGCCACAACAGGCUGCGUGGACAAGGGCUGGGCUGCCCCAUCAGGACCAGCACCCACAGGAGAGGGGACCCUCCUUGGGUGCCUGGGGAGACACGACAGGGGCACCCACCGCCCCGGGAAGUGCCCAUCCCACCCCCUCUGGGUGCUGAGGAGAUGCUCUCCCCUCCUGCCUCCAGGCUACGGGCAGGGAUUAAUCCAGGAGGCUCUUAACUCUUCCCAUCUCCCCCGUAGGGUAGGAUCUCUUCGUCUCCUCAUGCCACAUUUGCCUUGUGUGGCCCCUGUUUCUGAUGUAAUAUUUAUUGAUGGCUGGAAUGACCUUAUACUUAUCAUGUGCUGUCUGGAAGUGCAAUAUCUGAGAGGCUAUACAGUCACAAUGUCUUUUCGGUGUAUUAUUUGCCUAAUACAGUAUUAAAUAUUUUUUUAAUUUGAAGAGUCAGUGAGCCCUUUAUAUCGAUGCCCUGUUUCUUUUGUCAUAUUAUUGGUACUGCAUGGACUCCAAACCCUGGAUCGGGUCAGGAAAGGAUGUAUGUGUGUUCCAAUAAACAGGAUUUU